CUAAGAUGGCCGCUCCCAUGGGGGAGACGGCCCGGGCGCGGCCAUGUUGCCGCAGCGGAAAAGCCGGGAUCCAGUUGCGUUUUCUCUAACAAAUGCCUCAGACCCGUGUUGGCCACCGUCCGGCAGUGCCGAGCCACGCGGGCGAAGUUCGGCGAAGUGCUGGCUCUCCAGGAACUAGACAAAUCAAGGGAAAAGGGAGGAGAAGACUCCAAGACUUAGAUGACAUAAUUUCUGGGGAAACCAUUGACUGGAGACUGAGAUUUUUGAACAGAAAUUUAGAGCUGAUCUGGAAGAGCUAAAGACAGAGGAUCCGAGCUAGCAGCCAUUUCCCCAAAUCAAAAGAUGAUGAUCCAGGCCCAGGAAUUCCUGACUUUUGAUGAUGUGGCCGUGGACUUCACCUGGGAGGAGUGGCAGCUCCUGGCCCCUGCUCAGAAGGACCUGUACCGGGACAUGAUGUUGGAAAAUUAUAGGAACCUGGUGUCAGUGGGGUAUCACGCCAGCAAACCAGAUGCACUCUCCAAGUUGGAGCGAGGAGAAUUUUGGACAAGAGAAGAUGAAAUGCACAGUCAGAUCUGCCCAGAAAUCAGGAACGUUGAUGAUUCUCUGCAACGUCACUUGGAAAAUCGAAGCAAUCAGAAGAGUGUGGAACAAUGGUGUGAACAUAAUACAUUUGCAAAUAUUCUUAAUCAGAGUGAAAGUCAUUUCCUGUUAAAGCAAAAGUAUGAUAUAUUUGACUUAUGUGAAAAGCCUUCAAAAUCAAAUUUAAGUUUUGAAAGCAGGAGUAUAAACUAUAAUUCAAAGCACUCUGAGUUUAAUGAAGAUGUGAAAUCCUGUCUUCAUACUAACCAUGAACAAUUUUAUAGUGUAAUAAAAUUUCCUGUAAGUGUAAAACCCAUCAACAGUAAUUCCCAGGUCAUUAAACAGCAGAGAAUUCACAACAUGCAGAAAGCCCAUGUAUGUGGUGACUGUGGGAAAGCCUUUGUCAAGGUGUCUCAGCUCAUUGAUCAUCAGAGAGUUCAUACUCAAGAGAAACCUCAUGGAUGCAGUCUGUGUGGGAAGGCAUUCUCUAGAAAAUCCAGGCUAACUGAACAUCAGAGAACUCAUACAGGACUGAAACACGAAUGUACUGAAUGUGACAAAACAUUCUUCAAGAAAUCACAGUUCAUUUUACACCAGAGAACUCAUACGGGACAGAAGCCUUAUACAUGUAACGAAUGUGGGAAAGUGUUCAUCAAGAAGUGUCAGCUUAUUUAUCAUCAGCGAACUCAUACAGGAGAGAAGCCCCAUGCAUGCAGUCUAUGUGAGAAAGCCUUCUCUACAAAGUUCAGUCUCACUACACAUCAGAAAACUCAUACAGGAGAGAAACCUUAUAUAUGCUGUGACUGUGGAAAAGGCUUCAUCGAGAAGAGGCGUCUUGUUGCACAUCAGCGAACUCAUACUGGUGAGAAACCUUUUAUAUGCAAUGAAUGUGGGAAAGGUUUCACCUUGAAGAACAGUCUUAUCACACAUCAGCAAACUCAUACAGAACAGAAAUUGUAUAUGUGCAGUGAAUGUGGAAAAGGCUUUUCAGUGAAGCACUGUCUCAUCGUACAUCAGCGAUCUCAUACAGGAGAGAAACCCUACACAUGCAGUGAGUGUGGAAAAGGCUUCACCUUGAAGAGUCCUCUCAUCAGACAUCAGCGAACGCAUACAGGAGAAAAGCCCUAUGUGUGCAGCGUAUGUGGAAAAGGGUUUACCAUGAAGAGUGAUCUCAUUGUACACCAGCGAACUCAUACUGCAGAGAAGCCAUAUAUAUGCAAUGAUUGUGGGAAAGGCUUCACCGUGAAGAACCGUCUGAUUGUACAUCAACGCACUCACACAGGAGAGAAACCUUAUAUAUGCAGUGAAUGUGGGAAAGGCUUUCCAGCAAAGAUACGGCUGAUUGGACAUCAACGAACUCAUACAGGAGAGAAGCCCUAUAUAUGCAAUGAAUGUGGAAAAGGCUUCACAGAGAAGAGUCAUCUCAAUGUACAUAGGCGCACUCAUACAGGAGAGAAACCCUAUAUAUGUAACGAAUGUGGCAAAGGCUUAACUGGGAAAAGCAUGCUCAUUGCCCAUUUGCGAACUCAUACUGGGGAGAAACCGUAUAUAUGUAAUGAAUGUGGAAAGGGCUUCACCAUGAAGAGUACUCUGGGUAUACAUCAGCAAACUCACACUGGGGAGAAACCAUACAAAUGCAAUGAAUGUGAUAAAGCUUUCAGGAAGAAAACCUGCCUCGUACAACAUCAGAGAUUUCACACAGGAAAAACUUCCUUUGCGUGUCCUGAAUGUGGAAAAUAUUCUUUGCGUAAAAAUGACCUCAUUACCCAUCAGAGAAUUCACACAGGAGAGAAACCGUAUGAAUGCAGCGAGUGUGGGAAAGCCUUCACUACAAAGUCAGGGCUCAAUGUUCAUCAAAGGAAACAUACAGGAGAGAGGCCCUAUGGAUGCAGUGAUUGUGGGAAAGCUUUUGCCCACUUGUCAAUCCUUGUUAAACAUAAGAGAAUUCAUAUUUGGGCGACGUUCCCAGGAGUAAAAGCAGUUCGCGGAAGUGUUACGUUUAGACUUCCUUUUUGGUCUGGAGAAAAUCAGGACAUCACUUCAUUAGAGAACACUGUUGUUAAGGAAUCCCUGACAUUUGAUGAUGUGGCCGUGGACUUCACCUGGGAUGAGUGGCAGCUCCUGGCCCCUGCCCAGAAGGACCUGUACCGGGACGUGAUGUUGGAGAACUAUAGGAACCUGGUGUCAGUGGGUUUUCAUUCUGGCAAACCAGAUGCGCUCUCCAAGUUGGAUCCAGGAGACCCAACAUGGACAGGAGAAGAUGACAUCCCCUGUCGUACCCUUUCAGGAAUCUGGAAACUUGAUGACUAUUUGCCAGAGCACUUACAAACUGAAAUCAUGGAGAACAGCGUAGAGCGAUGGCACAAACAGAGAACAUUUGAAAGUAAUGUUCGUCAGAGAACAGCUCAUUUUGUGUUAAGGCAAAAUCAUGAUAUGUAUGACUUACAUGGAAAAAUUAUAAAACCAAACUUAACUUUACUUCACCAGAGCAGAAGGUGUGAGAUAAAGAACCCUGCAGAUCUUAUUGGAGAUGGGAAAUCCCUUCUGCAUGCUAACAAUGAACAAUUUCAUCCUAGAACUAAAUUCCCUGAGAGUAGGAAACUCAUCAAUACUAAGUCCCAGUUAAUCAAGCAUCAGAAAACACAAAAAACAGACAAGCCUCAUGUAUGCAGUGAAUGUGGGAAAGCCUUCAUCAAGAAGUGCCGGCUCACUAAUCACCAGAUCAUUCAUACAGGAGAGAAACCCCACAGGUGUAGUCUGUGUGGGAAGGCGUUCUCCAGAAAGUUCAUGCUCACUGAACACCAGAGAAUACAUACAGGAGAAAAACCUUAUGAAUGCUCUGAAUGUGGCAAAGCCUUUCUCAAGAAAUCACGGCUCAGUAUACAUCAGAAAACACACACAGGAGAGAAACCCUAUAUAUGCAGUGAAUGUGGGAAAGGCUUCAUCCAGAAGGGAAAUCUCAUUGUACAUCAGCGCAUCCAUACUGGAGAGAAACCUUACAUAUGCAGCGAGUGUGGGAAAGGCUUCAUCCAGAAGACAUGCCUGAUAGCGCAUCAAAGAUUUCACACAGGAAAGACUCCCUUUGUGUGCAGUGAAUGUGGAAAAUCCUGUUCCCAGAAGUCAGGUCUCAUUAGACAUCAAAGAAUCCACACAGGAGAGAAACCCUUUGAAUGCAGUGAAUGUGGGAAAGCCUUUACCACAAAGCAAAAGCUCAUGGUCCAUCAAAGAACUCACACGGGCGAGAGACCCUAUAUCUGCAGUGAGUGUGGGAAAGCUUUUGCCUACAUGCCUUGCCUUGUUAAACAUAAGAGAAUACACACAAGAGAGAAAUGUGGAGACUCAGUCAAAGUGGAAAAUCCUGCCUCAGGGAAUCACGGCUUAUCACAGACUGGUGGUGCCACGCAGGGGAAAGACCUUGUCAAUACCGUGACUGUGCAGGUGCCUUCUGUGGCUUCUCAGACGUCACUAAACAUCAGUGGGCUCUUAGCAAAUAGGAAUGUAGUCAUAGUGGGACAGCCUGCAGCCAGAUGUGCGCCCUCAGGAGACAACAGAGGAUUUGCACAGGAUAGAAAUCUCAUGAAUGCAGUGAAUGUGGUCAUGCCUUCCGUGGUCAAUUAUGUCUUAUUUUAUGUCGCAGAAAACCAGUAGGAGAAAGCAGAGAAGGGUUGAGCAAAAAUUUCUAGGUCAUAUUAUAUCUGAAAAGUAUAUACUGCGAGGGACGGUUAUGAAUCCUGAGGGUGGGAAAGUUUGAGCUCAUCCUAUUAAAAAUAUGCCUUGAAACAGAGGCAUUAUCUGAUGUCAACCCAAAUACAUACGCCUCAGUUGCUGUGCGUGUCUGUCAAAGGAAUGAAGGAAUAUCGAGUUCAAUAAGUGCAGGAAAUAAGUUCAAUCAGGACUAACCUUGGGUGGGUAGGAUGUGGGGCAUGUGUAUAUCAAUUCAGUUUCUGCAGGCCAAUGGGAAGGAGUAAUUGGAAACUGGGAUGUCUGCUGUGAACUCUUAGAAGGUUAUUUUAUACAGAGGCACUUACGGAACAGCAGCCUUAGAAUGAGUCAGCUCAUUCAUUUACCGAGUACUUGUUAAGUACUCCCUUUGUACUGGGUCCUGUUUGAGGAGGUGAGGAUUCAGAGGUGACCAAAACAGAAAAAGGCCAUGGUCUCCUGGGAGAGAGCACUGAGGUCCUGGAUUAUUUUUCAGUGGUACAUUUACACCAGCUAAUGUAGAAAGAGGAUGUAAAUAUCUAUUCUACGUGAAAUAGAUACCGUCUUGGUUCAUUC